AUGGGUUUCCUCACCCUUGUCGAGGACAGGCCGACGCCUAAGGCUGUCUACAACUGGCGUGUCUACGCUUGUGCCUGCAUUGCCUCGUUCGCCUCGUGCACCAUCGGCUAUGACAGCGCCUUCAUUGGAACCACCCUGGCCCUGCCUUCCUUCGUCGACGAGUUCAAGUUCGAUUCCAUGAGCGCGUCGCACCUGGCUCUGGUCAAGGCAAACAUCGUCUCCGUCUACCAGGCCGGCGCCUUCUUCGGUUCUCUUUUCGCCUACGUCAGCAGUUACUUCUGGGGCCGUCGCAUUUCCCUGCAGCUCUUCUCCCUGGUUUUCAUCCUGGGUGCCGGUAUGAUGCUGGGCGCCAAUGGCGACCGUGGCCUCGGUCUCAUUAUUGCCGGUCGCGUUCUUGCCGGCAUCGGCAUUGGUGGCUCCUCGAACAUGACCCCCAUCUACAUUGCCGAACUUGCCCCGCCCGCUGUCCGUGGCCGCCUCGUUGGUAUUUACGAGGCCGGCUGGCAGAUUGGAGGUCUUGUUGGCUUCUGGAUCAACUAUGGACUCGACGAGACCAUGGCCCCUAGCCACAAACAGUGGCUGAUUCCUUUCGCCGUCCAGCUCAUUCCCGCCGGCUUGCUUCUCUUUGGAUCUGUUUGGAUCCGCGAGUCUCCUCGCUGGCUUUUCCAGAAGGGCAGGCGUGAGGAAGCCAUGCGCAACCUGUGCUGGAUCAGGAAUCUUCCCGCUGAUGACUUGUACAUUGUCGAGGAGGUUGCUUUCAUCGAUGCCGCGCUCGAGGAGCAACGCACCACCAUCGGCCUCGGUUUUUGGAAGCCCUUCCAGACUGUUGGUCGCUCGCGGAAAGUGCAGUGGCGCUUGUUCCUUGGCGGAAUGCUCUUCUUGCUUCAAAACGGCAGCGGGAUCAAUGCUAUCAAUUACUAUUCUCCCACGGUAUUCAAGUCCAUCGGUCUGAACGGUACCAAUGCCGCCUUCCUGACGACCGGCAUUUUCGGUGUCGUCAAGACCGUCGUUACCUUCAUUUGGCUCUUUUUCCUCAUCGAACAGGUCGGCCGCCGCAUGCUGUUGAUGAUUGGUGCUAUUGGAGGCUCGGGAUGCAUGUGGUUCAUUGGCGCUUACAUUAAGCUUGCCAAUGUCUCUUCCGACACUGCAUCCGCAAAUGCCGGCAAAGGCCUUAGCGGCGGUGGAAUUGCUGCUAUUUUCUUCUUUUAUCUCUGGACUGCGUUCUACACGCCUUCUUGGAAUGGCGUCCCUUGGGUAAUCAACAGCGAGAUAUUCGACACGAGCACGCGUUCUUUGGGCCAGGCGUCCGCUGCGGCCAACAACUGGUUCUGGAAUUUCAUUAUCAGCCGCUUCACUCCCCAAAUGUUCCUCAAGAUGGAGUACGGAGUGUACUUCUUCUUCGCGUCGCUCAUGAUCCUGUCCUCCAUCUUUGUUUACUUCUUGGUCCCGGAAACCAAGGGUGUUCCCUUGGAGGCUAUGGAUCGCCUCUUCGAGAUCAAGCCUGUCAGCAAGGCUCACCCGACUAUUAUUCAGGAGCUCAGGGAGCAAGAAGAGAGCUUCAGGCACGACGCCGAAGGUGCUGGACUUACUACAGAAAAGACCAAGGAGCAGUUCAUUGAGAAGGUGGACAGCAACGUUUGA